AUGGCGCAUAAACAUGUCUUCAAUGCCGUUGAUCGUAUGCUUAUGCUGCGCGAUGUUCGCCAUGACCUUCCUGACGCGAAGGAUACCGCAUUUGGCGGACCGUGGGGCUACGGUAGCGGCAUGUCUCCUCUACGCAUCAGUCUGGCCGUUAAUGUGUACUGGCCGCCGUCACUCACCGCGAGAAAUGUUGAUGUUGAUGAACUCAACAUUCAAACCUUACUCACGCUGGGUGACGGCGAUAAGUACAUCUUGACGGCCUUCAGUGAUGCCAACAGAGAGAGUGCAGACGGGGUGGUUGACAUCAGUGACGAGUUGACUCCACAGUAUCUCCGAUCACUCUCGGUGAAUGGUCUUCCCCUUGGUGAUAUCCGCCUAAGGCUUGGUGCGCCCGUCAUGUUUUUGCGUAACCUAGACCCCCUCAACGGUCUUUGUAAUGGGACCCGUAUGAUCGUUACCAGCAUCCGGCAGAGAUUCCUCCAAGUAUCUUCAUAA